AUGCAAGCCAUUCGCCUGGCGCGUCCUAGAGUCUCCUUGCGCCGUCUGGCCACAACCGCUCAGGUGCCCACAUCGGGACCCUCCUCGUCCGUGACCGCGUCUGUUAUCCCUCUCUCCAACGUCGAGGCACAAUGGGAAAAUAUGUCUAAGAGCGAGCAAGCAGUUGUCCACCGGCAGCUCGAGGAGUUGCAGAAGAAGGAUUGGAAGACGCUCUCCAUGGACGAGAAAAAAGCUGCAUACUAUGUUGCCUUUGGCCCACAUGGACCCCGGGCUCCUGUCAGCCCACCUGGCCAGGGCCUCAAGGUUUUCCUUUUCACCAUGGGCCUUGUAGGUGUCGCUGGCCUGCUCUCCAUUGCCAUCCGCUCACGAGCUCCACCUCCACCGAAAACGCUUACACGUGAAUGGGAGGAAGCAACCAAUGAACGCUUGCUCGAGCAAAAGUCGAACCCAAUUUCCGGCAUAUCAUCGGAAGGGUACUCUGGGAAGGGCUUCGUCGUCUCGAAAUAA